UCGAUGCAAAUGCGUUGAUCAGAGCCCAUGUUAUCUUUAGAGACCCGAUUUGUCACGACGGGACGUGGUUAUCUUGAGAAAUUGUGCAUACCAGUCGUUAUACUUAAAAAAUUUGAUGUCGUGUUAGAAUUCGUGAGUACUGUACACUGUUUGUGAAUCGGUUUUGAUGUUCACAUUUUUUACUGGUACAUUAAGCAGCGCAGGCUGUUCUUACUGAUCUUUUAACCACGCAGGAGAUGCUGUUCAUCAAAUGACAGGCACAGAACAAAGCUUGCAAGGACCACGCGAAACACCUCAUAUGGAAUUCACCUCUGUACAAUCUGCAGCUACCAUCACAACUGAUGCAAGGUCUAGUGCUGCUACAGAGACACCUGAGGCGUCCACGAGGUCAACCGCAGUUGCUACAACAGAUGACGCGUUGAAGACAGCAUCAGCAUCAGCGAUGUCUACGCUUUCCAGCGUCUGGUGGUCUGUUGAUAACCGCCUACCUCAGUUUUCACCAGUUGUUCAGCCACUACUCAAUGGAUUGGACCUGAGUGAAAGUGAGCACCGUCGACAAUCAAGGCAGCUCCGCCAUGAACUUAUUCACUUUCUUGAUAAAAACGGCUUAAUUCAGGAUGAAAACCAUGCCAUCCGUCGGUGGAAAUACUCUGCUUUAGGAGAAUCUUUAGCAUCUGUGUAUCCAAACAUGCUUUGGGAAAGAGCUCAAAAAGACAAGCAGGGAAGGACAAAGUCACCAAAGAGCGUGUUCAUUUCACGGCUGGCGGAAGCAAGGCGGCACAGGGGUUAUAGGAGAGCAAAGAAAGUACCCUCACAGGCCCAGGUUGCUGAAAAUGAAGACAUAACAGAAGAGUUGGAUGCUGCUGUGGCAUUGUCAGAACUUUCAGUCCUUCAAGCAGCGGCCAGUCCAGCUGGUCCUUUCGACGAGGAAAGGAUGCUUGUUUUGUUGCGAGCCUCGCUAAGUGAACGGAAACUGAGUCCUCCACCAUGUUUGCCAUGCUACUUUCUGAAUGAAGACAUUAUCUCCAUCGAAGCAGAGCUUCGAUUUGAAGACAAAAUGUCAAGUAUGUUGGCACGGUUGCGCUUGGCAAAAGAAGUUGUGUCAAAAACCUGCGGCCGCGAAAUGGACUUUGUUGACAUUGAUGAUUACUUGAAGGGUAAUCAUGCCAAAUAUGCACUGAUAACACUGGAAGACUUCUCUGACGAAGACUCUGCAAUUCCUGGCCCCAAAGUUUUUUGGGGAUUGUCUUCACAAAAAGUCUAUUGUGGAAGCCCCAAUGAGGUUAUUGACCUGAAGUAUUCAUCCUUGGAAAAGGCCCUCAUUUUAUGCCUAACAGUUUACUACGUAAAAGACCUUACCUAUCCCUCGGCAUUUGGACAAACUCUAGGACUGCUUCAGAGUGUUUUGGUCAAGACAGACAAGUUUCCCCAGUGCUGGGCAAACAGCAAGCUUCUGCAUAUUUUGCGCCAGUUAAAGUGAAGCUGGAUGCACAACUUGUUACAUUUUCAGUGUACUCUUUCAAGGUGCUGUUAGAGUGUACUAGAACAGGGGAGUGCUUGGAACGAGCUUCUAAGAGUGAAACCGAAACAGGGUCCAUCUGCUUGUGGCAGUGCAAUCGGUAGUCUGCAAUGCAUCGUCAUUUAAGAGUUAUCCUUUGUUUCUUAAAACUAGCUUCAGUUACUACGUGUUGCCACAAAAAGUAACGUGAAAUGUGAGGUGAAAUAGAAAUUUUACAGCGUAAUUAUUUGCAGUACCACCGCAUAGCAUUCAACAACAACGUAAAGCAUGGCUUCCGAGAUGUUUGUGAAUGUCAAACUUGAAACGGCAAUUCACAUUUUAUGUUACUUUCUGUAGCUACACGUAGCAACUGAAGCUAGCUUUAAGAAAAAAAAAAACAGCUAUAACAAGUGACACUGAUGAUAAAAACACCAUCUACAACUGCAUUUGGAACCUGCAUCUUUUGAGUGGGAAGCAAGCAUUCCACCAAUGCACCACUUUCGUGGAGAUGCGCACGCACACCGCUGACGGCAGCACCACAAGUGGAUUGACCCGGUUUGGGCUUGACUUUCUGUAAUGCGGCCGUUCCGACCACUCCCCUGUUCUAGUACACUCUAGUGCUGUGUUACACAAGCAGUGUUUGAUUUUAAGAAUAUUAUUUCUUUACUGGAGAACAACAUUCUUACGACAGUGCAUAACUAGCAUUCAACUAGCUUUCAGAUGUUGUGCAAAUGACGCAGGACAAAAGAGCGAUGCAGGUCACACGCAUGCGUCACUCUUUUGCCCUUUGUCAUGUGAGCUAUGCCUAAGGCUUUUUGUAUGACAUGCUUGACGUGCAAUUUAUGUUAACAAUUAGAUAGGCAGUGAUAUCUUCUGUCAUUUAUUUGCAGUUGUGAAUAAAUGCCCUAGAUUCCAAAAUCAUAUAAAGAUACUGGAAAGCUUCACAGUACCCUAAAUAUUUUAAUGUAACAUGCUUUUAUGACCAGCUUUUUUUUAGUUUCACAGAAGCUAUACCAAGUCUUGUUAAGACACAAAAAGUUUUCAUGAGGGAGCAGAGUGUUAAUACAUUUUCAUGCUCACUCUGGCCCACCUGUAGCUUGCUCACGAGUAUUAGCUUAUGGGGCAACUGAGUGAGCUGAAAGGAGUGCUAAAACAUUGUGUCGUGGCUCUAUGUGGCCUUUUUUUCCUUUUCUUCUUUUAUGCCACCUGAUACAAUUUUGCCUCUAGAAACAUAACUGAAACUUGUCUCUAAAACACCUGUUGAUAAGAAAUUUGUCAUCAUGCUCUGAAAUAUAUAUUUUUUUCUAUGGUUUUGAAAUUUUGUGUUCGUUUAAGGCACGAGAUUAAAAGAGUGCUUCAUCAGCUCUACUUUAGGGUGUAUGUUGGGAGCACAACUUUUCUAGUCAUUUGUCAUCGCGCUAUCAGGUCGAAAUGAUAUGUUCGAGAGUGAAGUUACCACUAAUUUGUACCUUAGGCCACUCUAGGCAUGUAGCUAUGGUAAAAAGAGGCCAGCUGGAUCUCGUGCCUUUUCUAGAAGACUGCCUUCCUUAGUUUCAAGAGGUGUGAGGUUGAGUAAACGCAAUAAGUGUUUUAUUGACACAGCACCUGGUUUUGCUUUAGUCGUAUGUCCUGAUAGUGGUGAGAGUUUAUUAAUUCUCUUGGUCUUUCAGUAUGGGCACACGGCAAGCUUUCUGUGCCUUCAAGUGUUUUUAUUACGCCCAUAUAAGGUGAUUACAAAAUGUGUAUCACGAAGUGAUGUGAUAUUUUCAAGGAAAAGCUGUGAUAGUCCUACCCUUGUGAAUAAUAGUGCUCAAGUCGUAGUACUCUGGUGUUGGUGCAUGGCAAGCUUUCUGUGCCUUAAAGUGUUUGUAUUAUGCUUAUGUUUCAAAAUGAAUGUCACUAAGUGCCAUGACAUUUUCUAGGGAACUGCUGUGAUAUGGCUCUGCUCCCGUGAAUAAUAGCGCACAAGUCAUACUACAUGUGAUCUUGUUCACUUUGUACACUGUGCAGAAAGGGACUCCGUACGUGCAAGUGCAUGUCUUUGUGUUAAUGUGACGAUUCUUACUGUUCGAGUUUUAAUAAACUGCGAUAAAAUUGUUUGUUGUACGUGUUCAUUGAAGUACAUGAAUAUGUCAUGCAAGCAAACUGAAGAACAGAAGCAGUGCAUACAGCACAAACAUUUCAUUUAAUGGUACACUGCUUAUAGUCAAUCAAAACAAUUCAAGAAAUCUUGUGCUACAAUGCUCGGAAAAUGAUAAAAUUGACAGGGAAGUAGAGACAGUGCACUGGUUGAACAUACGCCGGAAGCUGUAGUGAGUAAUGUUGUCUAUUGGAGUGUAACCGAAAAAAAAAAUCGAUUGUAUAAGUGAAGUCCAGGAAAGCGAGGCCGACAGUUGCAGAUGUGCUAAUUCCUUUCAGUACUCUGCAUGUGCACUUAAGUAUUUUAGUGGAGCCAAUCUUUCAACUCCAUGAGAGUUGCUCAAGCACUCCUGCAUAUAAACAAAUUAUUUUCACGAGUAUAUAUAGGCAUAUAGGCACAAGGUGAGCAAUCAGAAAUGCCGAAAGGCUCAAAUACCUUUUCAGUAGAGCUUCUUUUUAUUUAAGAGAAAUG